UACAUGGAUGUACUGGUUUCACUAUAGCUGUUUUAUCUGACGGAGGUGUUUUUUUCCGGGUUACAAGUGAGGUACAUGAGUCCAGUAGAUUGCUGACUUUGGACUAGACUAGGAAAUAGGAAUUGCCCUUCAUUCCGAUGCGGCCUUAAUAGUAGGACAUAGAUUAAGAGGUUCCUUCCUAUAUUGUCGCACUUCCCACCCUCCAAAUGUGGAACUGCUCCAAGUUUCAUUAGUAACAAUCUCUCUCUCUCUCCAUACCUGACUUUCCUAAGACUCGUUCUUCACAGUCCAUCUUAUUCACCGAAGUUGUCGUCGAACGGUGGGAGAGAGACAGCUGGGGACGAAAAGAGUAUGGAGAGUAGCAGUAAUGGGAUCAGUACAAUGGCAGAGAAGCCGGUCAUAGUGGUUGCAGUAGACGAGAGCAGCCACAGCUUCUACGCCUUGGAGUGGACGCUCGAUCGCUUCUUCGUACCUUUUGCCCCUGUCCAGCAUUACAGUCUCGUCAUUGUCCAUGCGAGGCCUUCUGCUUCCACCAUUCUCGGAAUAGCCGGAAACUCUGUCGCGGAUGUAACAAGGGUCGUGGAUGCCGAGCUAAGUAGGAUUGCUGACUGGGUCGUCGAGAAGGGCAAGGAGCUCUGCAGCCGCGAAUCAGUGAACAAUGUGAUGGUGGAUGUAAUGGAAGGGGAUGCUCGGAGCGUCAUCUGCGAGGCAGCCGAUAAGCACCACGCCACCAUCUUGGUGGUGGGCAGCCAUGGCUAUGGCCCUAUGAAGAGGGCGGUGUUGGGCAGCGUAAGCGACUUCUGCGCUCAUCAUGCGCACUGCUCUGUGCUGAUCGUCAAGAAGCCUAAACCCAAGCACUGACUCAAAGGGAGACGUCUGAUUUUGGUACUUUAGAUUGAUCCAAUCAUUCAUUUUUUAAAAAAUUAAAUAAAUUUUCCAAGACCAUUUCAUGAAACUUUUUUUUUUCUUUUUUGAAUUUUGUAUGGUUUGCGAAUACUUCUAUGCCAAUCCCUCUCAUUUUGGUCUC